CAUAUGGCUGGCGGGCUAGGUUUUUUUAAACAACUCUGCACUGCAAUGAUGUUCAGCCAUAGGCUCCAGCACUCGCCGCAGUCCCAGGGCUACCGGCCCCUUGUUGGAGAUUCAUAUAGCCAUUACAACUCAUUGAACCAAAGCCACGCGGAACUCUCCGGCCAUGGCGGUGUGCACGCAGAUGGCCAGCCAAUGCUGUCGCGGAGUGGGACGCUUACGACCGGGAAAUCUUUUGGCGACCUUAGGGCUCUGCAGGUGGUGCAGGGCCGCUCGCGAGCAAAGAAGAGCAGGGCCAUGAAAUGGCUGGUGCUGCGGGCGAGCGGCGAGAGGCAGAUAUUCACACUGGACAAACGCCAGCUGAUCCAGACGUGCAAGCUGGAGAUACCCAUCCGCGACAUGAAGCUGAUGGACAGCGCGCUGGGCACCGAGACGCUGGCGCAGCUGCUGGUGCGCGACAACGCGCUGGUCUUCGCGAUGGAGCACGUGCGCAUCAUCAUCAUGCACGACAAGGUAGUGGUGCCGCUGGACGAGAGCGGCCCGCCGCCGCCACCUGCACCCGCGCCCAGCGCCGCCACCGUGGCCGCGGCGUCAUCCUCCCAGGAGCUCAAGGACCGCUUUAUCGCACACAUGGAGGGGGUGGUGAUGGACUGGGCGCUGCAGCACGGCGCCACCCUUGCCGACAUCGAUACCGUCACCUGCACCGGAGCCGGCGGAGGCGGCGGCGGGGCGUACGGCGGCGCUGCAGGAAGCGGAGUGGGCGGAGGCGGCUCGGUGGCUGGACUGGGGUCCCCGAUGGCAAGCACGGGUGGAGCUGGCGCCGGCGCGGGCUCGGAGCGGCAUGCGCAUAGUUCGGCGUUUCACGUGGGGUUUGGGGCUACGGGCGGCAGCGGCCACCCGGCAGCACCGUCAGCCAACAACACCGGGCACGGCGGCAACACCAUUGCUGCGCACCUAGAGGCGCACGGCGGCGCAGGCGGGGGCUCCGGGCGCGCAGGCUCCGCCCGCACCCCCACCGGCGGCGGAUCUGCGCCGGCAGCGGGGGCAGGCGCGGGCGCAGGGACGGGGGCGGCAGGCGGUUGCGCACCCAGUGGACUGACGUCGAGCGGCCUGGCCGCUCAUCAGGCGGCGGGUGGGGGCAGCCUCGGCGGCGGGAUGGGGGCCCAAGGGGGCAUGGCCGACACGGCGUCCCAGACGGCAUUUGAUCCGGAGUAUCAGCCAUUUGAGAUGCUGGUGCUGGAGACGGCGCUGUCGGAGAUCUGCACGCACCUGUCGCGCGAUACGGACGUGUUGCAGCUGCACUGCCAGCCGGCGCUGGAGGCGCUCAUGAAGACCGCGGACACAGCCAACCUGGAGGCGGUGCGGCGCGUGAAGACACAGCACUCGCGGCUUGUGACACGUGUGGCGGCAGUGCGGGAGACAAUGGAGCGGCUUAUGGAGGACGAUGACGACAUGGUCCGCAUGUGCCUCACGCAGCAGGUGCGCAUGCGCCUGGCCGCAGUCACCGCCGCCGCGCAGGCGCAGGUGCAGCAGAUGCAGGCCGCCGCGGCGGCCGCGCAGGCGGCGCAGGCCGCCGCCGCCGCCGGCACGCCCGGCGGCGUGCCGCCGGCGCUCACUAGCAUCGGCAGCCACAGCGGCCACGGCCCCAGCCACCACAACUCGGCGGGCGCGGCGGUGCCGAUCCUGGUGCCGCACUCGCCGGGCUCGCCGCCGGGCGCGCACUCGCCGCCGCACCUGGAUCCAGCGCAGCAGCUGGCCAUGAUCAAUCUGAUGGGAUCCAGCAUCAGCACAUCGUACAUGCGGCCGGCAUCGCUGGCGGCGCGCGCGAUGCGGCAUUCGGUGGCGAAGGGGAAGGGUGCUCUGGGGGAGGCGCUGGCGGAGGCGGCCGCGGCUGCUGCCGCUGCCGCCGCCGCGCAGGCGGCAGCGGCGCAGAUGGCGCAGGCGGCGGCAAUGGAGCGUGCGUCCAGCGCCGGGACACCGCUGGGGCUCGGGCACAGCGGCGGCUCUUCAUCGUCGGCAGCGGCCGCCAUGACGCCAGGCGCUGCACCGAUGGCGGGCGGCAGCGGCAUGGCGGGCGGGGCGCCAGGGGCAGGCGGCAUGUCGGCGUCGGACCUGCAGCCGGAGCCGCACGAGCACGACUUUCUGGAUGUGGAGAAUCUGCUGGAAUCGUACAUGAUCAUCGUCGACACCACGUACCAGACGCUCAUGUCCAUUGGCGAGUACAUCGAUGACACGGAGGACCUGAUCAACAUCCAGCUGGACUACAGCCGCAACAAGCUCAUCCGGUUCGACAUCCUCAUCACCACGGGCACCUUUGCCGCGGCCUUCUUCAACAUGAUGACCGGCAUGCUGGGGGAGAACCUGGUCCUACCCGACACCAUCACGCAGGACAUCCGGGGAUUCAUUAUUAUCAACGUCGGGACGCUUUGCUUCUGCUUUGCGACUUUCUUCACGCUGGUUGCUGUGUUCAAGUGGAACCGCGUGCUGUGAGAGUGAGAGCUGCUGCGUACGUGUGGACAACUGCCCUGGCGCGGGAUGGUACUGUGGUGCGUGAGGAUGGCAGGGGCGCGCGUGCGUGAAUGCGGAAAUUAUUGCUGUUUUAGCGCAGGUGCCGGCGUGGUGUGCACAUUUUGCAGGUGCCGUUUGCAUAUUAGGUUAAGCUGCUGUGGUGAUGUGAGCACACUGCGAGGUGACUGCAGGGGCCCGUGGUCACCAACCGCUCUUUGCCGUCUCAUUUGGCGGCCUGUAGCUAGAAAUGGUGCCGCUUGGUCACCGCUUACGUACGUGUACGGUAUGCAGGAUGGACUCCAAGGGUGAGGGGCAGUGCGGUGUCACGAGGUGGAGAUUCAAGGCCACAACGGUGUUGCCCUGAUCAUGCGCGCGGAAGCUUGGAUGAACGGUCGUGCGCGGCGGUCGGGUAGUAGCCGUGGCUUGCCUCUGCUGUUGCGUGAGAGGUAUGUUGAUGCUGUGACGCUUAACUUGGCGCUAUGUCACUACUGAAACGCAUUAGACAAGGUGUGAGGUGCAUAUGCUGACAUAGCGUGGGCCGGGGUGUGGAGGCUCGCCGUGUCGAGGGGACUCAAACUGGCGGCAAACCGGAUGACUCGCCUCGAUCGACGCGUUUUGAGACUGAGGCGCCACAGACUCGUUGUAUUUACCGUAUCAUGUGCUAUUACAUAGAAGGCAAAACCCAGAGAUAAAACAUAGAUAUCGCAGAACACCGGUGACGAACUUGUUUAAUUUGUCCUCAUUGCCCAGCUAC